AUGCAGGAAGUGGAGCUCGAUACAAUCGCCUUGAGUUCUGCGAUCUCCGCCUGCGGGGGGAUUGCUUUCUGGGCUCAUGGCUUGGCCUUGCUGGAGGACAUUGAGUCACGCUGCUUGGAGGCCGAUGUCGUGGCUGUGAAUGCAGCGGUGAGCGGCUGUGAGAAGGCUGGAGAGUGGCUCCAGGCGCUGGGCCUUCUGGCUUGCCUCGAGAGGACGAACCUGGAGUUGGAUGUGAUCUCCUUCAACUCGGCCAUCAGUGCCUGUGAAAAAGCAGGCGAGUGGGAAGCCGCGUUGCGGUUGUUGGAGGAUCUAGAUGCAUGCGGAAUUCGACCAGAUGUGGUGGCCUUUAGUGCGGCCAUCAGUGCAUGUGAGAAGGCCCGUGAGUGGAAGCAAGCACUGGCACUGCUUGACGCGCUUCAUUCACGCCGCCUCCGAGCAAACAUCAUCACCUACAGUGCCGCCAUCAGCGCCUGUGAGAAAGCAGGGGAGUGGGAGGCGGCUCUUCAGAAGUUGAGGGAGCUCCGGGGAAGAGAGCUCCAGCCAAAUCUGAUCACAUACACCGCCCUUUUGGGAGCUUGUGCCUUUGCAGAGCAACUGGGGAUGGCGUUAGCUCUGCUCAAGGAGCUCCGCACGGAGAAUUUGCAACCCAGCAUCAGGACCUACCAAGGGGUCCUCAGCCUUUGCGGUCGCACUGGGGAGUGGCCGACCGCAUCAGAACUUCUUUUUGGACUUCGUUCUGCGGGGAUGGCCUUAGAUGCAACGGCGCUGAGUGCAGUUGUCGCAAGUUGUGGUAGGUUGUGGCAGAGAGCCCUAGCGCUUCUCUCUGAAGGUUUGCUGGCUCGCGAGGCACAAAGUGUCGUCGCUUUCAAUGCAGCCCUGAGCUCUUGCGAGAAAGCCUCGCAGUGGCACUGGGCACUGCAUCUUUUCCACAACGACAUGGCGGCUGCCGCAGUGCUUCCUGAUACUAUCUCCUGCAAUGCUCUUCUCAGCGCUUGCGGGAAUGCCGGGGAGUGGCAGCAGUCUCUGGCAGCUUUUGAUGCCCUGACAAGAUCUCUCCUAGAGCCGACCAGCAUCACCUACAACGCGGCCAUCAGCGCGCAGGAGAAGUCCGAAAACUGGGAACGAGCUUUGGCCCUCUUUCAAUCGGCGAAGCUUCAGCAGCUGCAGGCCACAGCCGUGACCUUCAACGCUUCCAUCAGCGCAUGCGAGAAGGCCUCAAAGUGGCAGCAUGCGGUGGAUCUUCUCAGAGAUCUUGAAGACUCCCUGGGCGAGCCCAACACGAUCACCUUCAGCGCAGUGAUCAGUGCAUGCCAAAAGUGCGAUCUUUGGGAACGGGCACUCGAUCUCCUAAGGGAGGUGGAUGUCAGAGAUGUUGAGCCCAGCAUCGUGACCUACAGCGCAGUGAUCAGCGCCUGCGAAACAUGCGUGGACUGGUGGCGCAGCCUCUGUUUGCUGAAGGAGCUCGAGGAAAGAGAGCUGCAGCCCAACUCCAUCACGUACGGCGCCGUGAUCGCAGCUUGUGCCUGCAGGGGCCACUGGGAGGCAGCAGUGGCUGCAUUGGCUGAGCUGCUGCGAAAUCAUCUCCAGGUGGACAGGAUCGCCCUUAAUGGGGUCCUGACGGCCUGCGAGAAAUCGUCAUUUUGGAGGCAAGCCCUGGGCGCCUUGCAGCACUUCUCCAGCUUUGCACUGCGGGCCGAUGAGGUCACUUUCAACGUGGCUUUGAGUGCCUGUGAGAAAGCAAGCCGCUGGCGUGGGACUGUGGAGCUCCUCGCGGACCUCGCAAGGAAGGCAGUGGAAGCAAAUGUCAUCAGCUGCUGCGUGACCCUGAGCUCCUGUCACGCUGCUGGUGCCUGGCCCAUGGCAUUGCGCUGCCUGGCUGCGGCGACAGACAGUGGCCCUGACGUCGUGACUUUGUCGCUUUCCCUUGCCAUGACGGAGAAGAUGCCCGACGGCCUGCAAGAUGCACCGGGAAUUCUUGCCAACCUCACCGGGACAUGCAUCCGUCACCUUUGGUCGCUUGCGGUGUAG